AUGGACGUCAGCGAGCGGCUGGAAGCGCGACGUGCGCGCUUGGCGUCGUUCUGUCACGUGGACCCCGUGUUGCAGCAAUUUCGUCUCCAGCGGUACUACCAACUCGCACGUCAGCUCUAUCGUCAGUCCGAGACGUACUUUGCCGAAGGCGCGUGGGACAACGCGUACGUGUUCCUGGCCAAGUUUAUCAAACUCUGUUCCAAGGUGAUCACUGCUCAUCAGGACUACGACCUGCCACGAUAUGGCAAAGAGAGUGCGUGGGUGCGAACGCAAGCAGUGGCUGGAUCGAAGCUGUUUGACGCGAUUCUUGACGGCAUGGAAGCAGAGGAGCUCGAGUACUUGGAGUACGAACGUUCACUGAUGGAAGAAAGAAAGGAGGAAACGGUUGUUUCUUCUGCAGCAGAGACGUCAGCAAUGGCUGCGCUGGAAAAUCGUCUGCAGGCAAUGCGUCUGGUGAAGAAGAGCUCAGAUCGGCCAAAAGUGCAGGCAGCGGGAGCAGCAGAGAAGGAAGAAUUGACGCCGACUUCGAUCGCGUCUCGGUUGGACUACUUGUUUGGGUCGAGUCAAAAGGAACAAAGAAAUGCUGUGCUGUACCCUUCUGUUGGGAAGGCAUCGUGGAUGACGGCUGAUGCGAGUCAGCAUUCUCAUUGUCUUGAACCGCCACUAAGUCGUCGUCGUUCACAAGAAGCGCUCGCCAACUUGACCAGUGGAAAGAUUCGCACGCUGGAGAUCCCAGCAGGAGUCAUCACUCAGUUCAUAUCGCUUGCUGCGCCGAAUACGAAUCGGCCACCCUACGGGAUCGAGACCUGUGGCAUAUUAGCCGGAAUAUUGCGCGAUCAGAAACUCGUGAUCACGACACUGAUUGUCCCGAAACAAGAAGGAUCGUCGGACAUGUGCACGAUGACGAACGAAGAGGAUCUAUAUGACUUCUGCUUCAGUAAUGAGCUGCUUACGCUCGGCUGGAUUCAUACGCAUCCGAAGCAGAGCUGCUUUUUGUCGUCGGUUGACGUCCACACUCAGUGUGGCUUUCAGUCGAUUUUGCCUGAGGCCAUCGCAAUUGUUGUUGCCCCGUGCGAUCCCCACAAGAACGUCGGAGUGUUUCGGCUGACAGAGCCAGAAGGGUUGCGACUGAUCCAAAAGUGUAACCUGACGGGGUUUCACACGCAUCCGAGCCAGAUUGAGAUCUACUCGGACGCAUUCGAGUGCCGUUGGAUGGAGCAGGUGACAGCGCAAUUGGUUGAUAUGCGGUAG